CCCUCUGCUUUGACCACUCUUCCCUCCAUUGGGAAAGGCCAGCAUGAAGGGCGCAUGGAUCCUGCUCACCUUCCUUGCAACCGGUGGCAUUGCCAACCAAGGGAGUCCUAAUGGGAGGAAGAGGAAAGAGCCCCCCUUGACCUUGGGGUGGCGGAGGGCAGAGGGCGCCCGCUCAGGCCUGGAGACCAAGUUCCUUCUCUUCUCGGACCGCCGGGAGGAGGGCAACGAGGGCGGCUGCCUGGUGGAGUUCCAGGAUCCGGCCAGCCUCCGUGCCUGCCGCUUCAAUGCCUCCUUGCCACUGGUGAUGAUCGUCCACGGCUGGUCGGUGGACGGGAGACUCGAAGGCUGGAUUUGGAAGCUGGCCGAAGCACUGAAGGCCCACCUGGCGCACACCAACGUGGUCAUCGCCGAUUGGCUGUCGCUGGCGCAUGCGCAUUACCCCAUCGCGGUGCAGAACACGCGAGACAUUGGCCAGGAAAUCGCCCAGUUCCUCAAGUGGUUGGAGGAAUCCGUGGGGUUUUCCCGAAGCAACGCUCACCUGAUUGGCUACAGCCUUGGAGCCCAUGUGGCGGGUUUUGCCGGAAGCUCAAUCGGCGGCACAAAGAAAAUCGGGCGCAUCACAGGCCUGGACCCAGCAGGGCCGCUCUUUGAGGGCAUGUCGGCCACGGACCGCCUCUCUCCGGAUGACGCGGAGUUUGUGGACGCGGUGCACACCUUCACCCAGCAGCAGAUGGGGCUGAGCGUGGGCAUCGCACAGCCCGUGGCACACUUCGACUUCUACCCUAAUGGAGGGGCCUUCCAGCCCGGGUGCCACUUCCGCCACGUCUACAGCCACAUCGUCCAGUACGGCAUCACCGGCCUGGCACAGACGGUCAAGUGCGCCCACGAGCGCUCGGUGCAUCUCUUCAUCGACUCCUUGCGCCAUGAGGACAAGCGCAUGAUGGGCUUCUGGUGCAAGGACAUGCAGACCUUCGACAAGGGCCGCUGCCUCCGCUGCCGGGGCCACCGCUGCAACACUCUGGGCUUCCACAUCCGCAAGGCCCGGCUCCCUGAAAGCAGGAGGCUCUUCCUCAAGACCCAGUCCAGGGAGCCCUUCAAAGUCUAUCACUACCAGUUCAAGAUCCAUUUCGUGAACGAGUUCCGUCCGAAGCAGAUCGACCCGACCUUCACGAUUUCUCUGACGGGGAGCAGGGGAGACGUGGAAGACAUCUCCAUCACCCUAGUCGAGGGCAUCACGGGGAACAAGACGUACACGUUCCUGGUGCCACUGGAGUCUGAUCUCGGGGAGCUGAUGAUGAUCAAGCUGAAAUGGGAAGGGAUUGCCAUCUGGGAGAACAUCUGGAACACUGUCCAGACCAUCAUCCCUUGGGGCAAAGGCGACCGCCGGCCGGGCCUCAUUGUCAAGACCAUCCGGGUCAAGGCAGGAGAGACACAACAGAAGAUGACCUUCUGUUCCCAAACGGUGGACGAUUUGCGUCUGUAUCCCGGCCAGGAGAAAAUGUUUGUCCGGUGUGAACAGCUACGCAAGGCACAGAGAUAAGACAGAAUCUGAGACCCUUCCAAGCCUUCGUCUUUUCCUCUUAUGGUUUUUCUUUCUUUCCAUGAGCUGACCUGGGAACAGUAUAGAAAUCCAAACGUACAUGUAUAUCCAAGAGAAGUCUGAUUCAGGAGAAAUAAAGGAUGAAUAAAGCAACUUACAAA